AUGCCAAAGUCGAUUUUACCCCGCGAGGGACUCACUCUCGAAGCCGCCUUUGCGCCACUCAGGCUCACCAUCCUGCAACCCCUCCUCACAGGCCCUCUCCUUCUCGCAGCAUACCAAUUUCCUACCUCAAUCUUAUCGAAAUGGCCAUUCCCUGAAAGCUUGCAACUGCUUCUCCACUCGACCAGGAUGCGGACCAUUCUAAGCCUUCUUCUCGUCAUAGGUUUACUCCGAAAGAUACACAAAAUAAUGAACAAACUGGUUUCGAACAACUUCACCACCGACAAGACCUGGGACUGGACGAAAGAGAUCGUUCUAAUCACUGGAGGAAGUUCAGGGAUGGGAGCUGUGAUAGUGAGGAUGUUUGCGGAGAGAGGAAUCAAGGUCGUGAUAUUGGAUAUCGUUGCUCCUCUCGAGGCACUGAAUUCAUUGCCCAAUGUCCACCUCUACAAAGCCGACAUUACUUCUGAAUCUGAGAUCAAGGAAGCAGCAGACCAGAUCCGUAAAGCACACGGCCCCCCCACAGUUCUAAUCAACAACGCCGGGAUCGGCGCCAAUCUCCCCAUCCUCGCAGAAACAGCAACCCAGAUCCGGCGCGUCUUCGAAGUAAACACCAUCUCGCACUUCCUGCUCGUAAAAGAGUUCGUGCCGGACAUGGCGAAGAGGAAUCAUGGGCAUGUGGUGACGAUGGCGAGUAUGGCGAGCUUCCUGGUGCAUGCACAGAACGUGGAUUAUGCGUGCAGCAAGGCGAGCGCGCUGGCUUUUCAUGAGGGGUUAAGUCAGGAAUUGAAGGCGAGGUAUGGGGCGGGGAAGGUGCGAACUACCGUCGUCCAUCCAACCUGGGUCCGAACACCGAUGAUCGAAUCUCUUCUCGCAAAUCGCAAUUUCACAGAUUUCGUCCUCGAGCCGGAGACCGUGGCAGAAGCGGUCGUGAUGCAAGUGCUGUCUGGGUACGGUUCACAGCUGAUUCUGCCUGCACGUCUGGGUGUAGUCUCGGGCGUGAGGGGGUUCCCAUCCUGGCUACAGGAGAGCAUGCGGAAUGGUGUGAACCAGGUGUUGAAAAGUUGA